CUGGCGGUUAGCGCUAUGCGGUCCGGCCCCUGGCUCCCCGACUGCAUCACAAAUCAGCACUCGGAUAUGUACAAUCCAUGGGACCCGCGCGGGGUCCUUUGUUCGACAUCUGAACAAUGGAUGUGGGAGGAAGCUUCUGGUCCUCUUGAGUAGACCACUGCCAUGCAUAUGCGGCGUUUCCUGACCUCCGCGGCCACCCCACCGGCCAGUCACGCUAUAUACUCACCAGUCUGUCGCGGUCGGUAUCUACUGGCUAGCCGUUGUCUAUAUCUACUGUCCAAUCAUGGUCGGUGCCUAUCGGCUAGUCGUGCUGUGAAUCAACAGCCACAAAAACCAGUCCGCAGCCCUCCGCCGGUAGAAUUACGCCCGUACCAGGGGGAAUGCAUCGACACGGUUCUGGCAAACAUCUACGAAGAGUGUAGGCGGAUGGUCGUUUGCCUUCCAACCGGCAGCGGGAAAACGGUCAUCUUCACGCACGUUAUUUCGCGGAUGGAGCAUCCUUCGCGGCCUCAGCAUGCAACACGAACAUUGAUUCUUACGCAUCGCCAUAGCCGUGUACGGCAAGCAUACGAACAGUGCCACCGUGCCCAUCCUUCCAUGAAGAUCGACGUCGAAAUGGGGAAAUGCUGCGCCACGGGCGAAGCGGAUAUCACGAUUGCAUCGAUAGCUUCAAUCUCGAACGAAGCAAGACUGGGAAAGUUUGAUGCCCAAAAAUACAAACUGGUGAUAAUCGAUGAGGCCCACAAUGCCGUCAACUCGCAGUAUCAGACCGUAUUGGACUACUUUGGCGUGUUGAAUAUGGGCAACGGAGAUCCACGGCAGAAGCCAGUGGUAUUGGGUCUUACCGCUACAAUUGAACGUCCAGAUGAACAGUCGCUUGGAAAGGUGUUUGAUCGCAUUGUUUAUCGCAGAUCGUACGCUGACUUGCUCACACUUGGCUGGCUAUGCCCCCACAAGAUCGUAUCGAACGGCACUGAUGUCUCACGCCUCAGCGAUGAUAAACGGAACGUAAAGACAGUGCACAAAUGGUUGCAACUAGCUCAGGAUCGAAAGUCCACCAUUGUCUUCUGCGCCGAUACCUCCCAAGCUGAGGACAUCAUGAAAAAAUUCAGGAAUUCCGGCAUCGAUGCUAGGCUUGUUACCACUUACACGACAUGGCCGGACCGUACGGCCAUAUUGAAUGCGUUCAAAGCCGGAGCGUUUCCAGUACUCGUCAAUUGCCGUAUCCUCGCCGAAGGCGCCGCCAUCCCAAGAGUAGACUGUAUCGUUUUGGCCUACCACACGAAGAACGGGAGCCACCUCGGGCGGAUGGUGGGGCAAGGCACCCACCUGCAUCCCAGUAAGGCUGAUUGCCUUGUUAUCGAUAUGUGUAGGCAGGCUGGGGGCAAACCGGUCAUACAUCCGCUGCCUGUGGAAGCCUUGCCAAGUAUUAACAAAGACGAGCCACAAGCCCUUCCACAGCCUCAAACUCGAGGAUCCGAAGUAACAGACACAUCCAGCAGCCCCGAAAGCCCGCAAUCACCGCCCCCGAGGCCCUUGCAUUGGCCACCGAUCUGGAUUUGCGGCAUUCUUUUGGCCAGCGGGUUCUGGAUGGGCAACAUGAUGUGAUUGCACAUGGUAGGUUCACUAGAGGGCACUCGGGUGUGCUAUGCAUAGGAUGGAGGUUUAGGAGUACUCGAGUUCUACGUAGCUUCGCAGUGAAAAGUGGUUCUAAGGUUGGAGC